GUACGGAGCAGUGCGGAGAACUUCUUUACGCAUUAUUCCAUGAUUUUCAGUACAGAAAAUCAUAACUUGACUCACUUGGUUAUUGACAUCAUUGACGCUUUUGACAUACAUUCUUGAUGACGUGAUAAUACUUGAUGCUCAUAUCAAAAUUCUGUAAAAAAAGACAUGAUCAGUGUGACGGGUGUAAUUUAAAAUGGGCAAUAUGCUAUGAGCAGUAUAUAAGUUAUAUACAACUGAAGAAUUUUCUAAAUUUAUUAGAACAUUUUGCAAUACAUUAGAGGAAAUUUAAUUAAAUUGAUAUGAAUUCACGAAAAACGAUACCAAUUAUGUCAAAGGACAUGGAUGUUAAAGACAAUGAAAGUAGAGCUUUAAUCAAGGUAGUGGAUCGUCCAACUUUUAUAUUAAAGACACGAGAGGGUGAAAGCAGAGCAGUUUCUCCAAGUCAACGUAAUGGGACAAAAAAAGAAUUAGAUUACCAAUGCAGUUUAGGUGGAAAAUCAUCUGAUUCACGUACUAUUGUAUCAACAUGCAUAGAAAUGACAAAUUGUGUCAAAUUUGUUGAUGAGAAUAUGCAACUGUGUGAAAGUCCAUUAGACUACUUAUAUGAUCAACAGGAUUUUUUGGUAGUUGGAUGCAUAGGAGCACAAGGUGUUGGCAAAUCUACAGUGUUAUCUCUCCUGACUUCUAAUUACAUGCCAGAUAUUUUUCCUGUCCAAAAUUUAUCACACCACGAAAAUGGGUCUAACUGCACUAGUGGUAUAGACUUUUAUGUGACCAAAAACAGAGUCAUAUACUUAGAUACUCAGCCCAUAUUAUCUGGAUUUCUUAUGGAUCAUUCAGGAUCAUUCGAUCAGAAAAAAGUAUCUAAUGACUUUGCCAGUUCAGAAAGCAAUUUAGAAUUACAGUCAUUGCAAUUCGCAGCAUUUUUAUUCUCUGUUUGUCAUGUUGUUAUAUUUGUCCAAGACUGGUUUGUCGACCCAAAUUUAAUCAGAUUUCUACAAACAGCUGAAAUGCUGAAACCUUCUUCAACUACUAUGGAUCAGGAUUAUAUAGAGUAUUACCCUCACUUAUUGUUUCUGCAUAAUAAAUCCGAACUGCAAGACUUUAUGCCCAGUAUGACAGAAACCAUGAAGGAAUUCUAUAAUAAAGUCUUUGCCACUUCACGACUACAGACUCAUAGCAGUAUCGACAUGAGCUCAUUCUCAGUUGAGGGACAACUAAAUUUAUUCCUUAUUCCAGAUAUGACAACAGAAGAUGAACCAUCCUUACGUGAAAAUGAGACGAAGCUUAUAGAAAAAUUAAGGAUGAAAAUACAUGGAGUAUCUCGAAAUUCUAUGACACCGACUGCUCUGACUGAGAAAAAUUGGUACCAUUAUGCAUCAAAGGUCAUGGAUGCUAUAAAGAAAAGUCAUCUUUUCUCUGAAUAUGGAAGACUAAUGCCAUAGUAAAUACAGUGCACCUUUCAGUAACGUUUUCAAAAUUGCUCACAUAGGAAGAUUUACAGAAAAAGAAGCCGUUUUUUAAUUCUGCC